AUGUCGCGAGCCUCCAUUGCCGAAAGUCACGCCAUGGAUGCGGUCAUGUCCCGCACUGCUUCCAGAGCGGGCAGCAUUUCCACCUUGUGGAGCUCGGCAGAAGUACCGUUCUGCCUCGACCCACGUACGCAGCCCUCCUUCGACACUUUCGAUAUGCGCUCUUACCGCGGUCACUCUAUAGCGGGUUCCAUAUCAAGGUACUCGACCAGCUCGAGCAAAGCCUCAGUCGACUUCGCAAGACUCAGCAUCGACAUCCCCGACGAGUAUCCUCACAGGCCAGAUACAACUCGCCUCACACCGCCUCGCGCUUCCACUUCUACUUCCAGCACCGGCAGUUCUCCCUCCAGCCGCAUGCCCUCCCUCAACAUUGGCACCAUCGACGAGAAUUCGCCCAUGCAGCCUUUCAGCCCCCACACUCCACUCGAUUAUCAGCCUCCCGCUCUUGGCGCUCAACAUAGGGUGCUAUCCUCUCGGUUUUCGGAGGACACCAUCGACGAGCCCCUUGUCACCCACUCUGCAUCUCAGGGCACUUUCGGCGCUCGGCUCUCGGUUCCUCGCAAGGCCUCGGGCCUCUCUGAGGCUUCGGGUAACCACUCAUCGCGUUCCUCUUCCGUGCAAGGCACGGAUCCCUUCAUGGCAGCACGAACGCAAGCUGCUAGUGCACAAGCCCCAACAGACCUCUAUCGCCGCGCCUAUCGCUUCUUUGACAAGGAGUAUUCCGUCCAGGCCUCGCUUGACUCGGACGUCUCGAAAAGCUCGCCCGGGACGCACAAACGCGCACCAGCCGAGGGACGUCCUAUAGAACGUCCUUCUUACGUGGGCAGCGACCUCUCACACGAAGGCUCUCUUCCCUCGUGCUCCCGCUCUCAAACCUCGACGCAAGCAAGUACCUCCGACGCGGCAUCGGCCUGGAGCCAGGACGACACUUCGGCACGGCGUCAUCCGUGGGCGCCUGUCGUUGUCACCACCGAGUCAUCAGCAUUCGAAGCUGAGCUCGGCGACAGCACAGUGAUUGCCCGUGACGUCGGCGACGCAUCCCUGAACAAAUCCGACAGUCUUAGCAUCCCUUGCCUUCCCUCUCUGCCAAGCUUCAACUCGGCGCUGACCGCCACGGCAGCAGACUACACCAAGGAGAUUCGACGUCGCCCAAGCACGGCAGAUGUCUACAGCCAAGCUCCGCACCACUCGCCUAACGCCAACUACAAGAUGCCCUUGUCCCCGGAUCAGCCCAUGCUAUCGCCAACCGACUCUGUUCGCUACCAGGUGCAUUCGCAUGUACCUUCUCCCGCGCUUUCGCCACUUUCCAAGCCUGUCUACGCCGACAUCUCUGCCGAGGUGAGCAGCACAUCCGCCAACUCGCGAACUUUGCGUGGACGCGUCGCCUCCACGCCCAAGCUCCGUCUAGAAUCAAGCUCGUUGUUUUCGUCCCAGAAAGCUUUGCAUCUUCAGCAUCCGCUGCCACCUCUCCCGACCCGAACGAGCAACCCUGCCACCGACCGUCGUCCUUCGACCUCGCAGACCGAUGGUCGAGAGUCAUUCUUCGGCCGUCGUUUCCGGUCUCGGACACUGGGUGAAGCAGACCAUGCGGAUGCAGCGAACAUGAAAGCGGCUGCGGCCAAUACUGCGCCGCGAGCUGCACCGUUUCUCGUGUCUCCUCAACGUCCUCUGGUGCUCUCUAGCCUUUCCUCCGCUGGGGCAUCUUCGCUCGUCUCUCAGCGUCAUCCGAGUCACAUCUCUGCAGCCAGUUCAGAGGCCCACUCUUCUCUCUACCCCAUGCAGCAAACACCGGGCUCGUCCAUCUGCUCGGCUAGCUCUCCAGCGACCACGCUGAGUUCGCUCCCGGUCACUCCGCGUACGACCUCCACUUUUCCUCGACCCAAGAGUCGCGGCAACAGCUCGGCUUCCAAGUCUGGAGGGUCAAGCUGGGCCUCGUACCUAAAUUCGGGCUUGACGCUGCACAUCGAAGGCGACCACGGUCGUGCAUGCCAGAUCGAUAUGACCUACCUCGCCUACGACCCUUUCGGAAGACCGGAACAGCUCGUCGAGGAUACCGACGAUGCCCGUGCAAUCACUCCAAAGAGACCAAAGUCGAGGGGCGACAAGGACCAGGAAGCCGAGCAAUCGGGCACGCUCGAGUUUGGACCUAGCCAUGAGAUGCGUGUCGAUGGGUUCACAUUCGCCGUCGGACGCAAGUCGGAUUCAUCUGCGCUGCUCAAGCAUCUCACCGUGGGCGAAGACACAAAGGCGGACCUGCUGACGCGACAAGCAGCUCUGUCUCUCAGCACGCUUGGCGAUCAUCAAGUUUCUGGAUACGAACGAAAGGGUAGAUUGGCGUGGAAGUUUGCCUACCGUGUCGAGGUCGACCACGCAAAUGUGGAGAGGCGAAGAUUGGUGCCCGUCCGCUUCUCGUGUUCGGCGACGUUGCUGAAUCCAGAACGUGCAAGGAAGUCGAGACUGCUGAACCUGGUCAAGAAGCAAAUGGGACCGACGCUGGCUUCCAAGACUGUUGCUAGCUCUCUUACGCCGACUGACUCGCCACGGUCGGGUGUAUUUGCGUCCGACGACGGUACUGCUUCACCUUCUUCGGCGUCUGCUCGACAGCUGCAGCAUCGACAGCAGCCACAGCAGCAGCAGCAGCAGCAGCAGCCCAGCUCUCCCGUCCGCAGCGCCAAUGGCGCUCAGUCCAAAGCCGUCAGUGGCGCCUACAACAGUCCGCUGCGCCAGAUCAGCCGAGCUCCCGCUUCAGCCAAUAACAGUAUCGCGUCGGCCGACUCGAGCUUCUACUCUCAGUCCACAACACCAGGUCGCGACGCAAGUGGUGUAAACACAUCGAUGACGAGGAUGCAUCACCAGACUUCGCCGGUGACCAAGGCAGCCGGACGCAUCACUUCGGCUCAACGCCAACUUCGGUCUUUUGCGAUGGCUGGCUCCGCCGUGGGUCCUGCAUCGCACGCCGAGCUGGGUCAGGAAGAGUCUGCUAAUGGCAAACAACUGCAAGGGAAGACCUCACCGGCAUCCCUCAGCGUUUCUUCAGCUAGCUCGAGCAGCGGGAAGCUUGCUACACCAAUAAUGAUCAAUGGGCGCAAGCUGAUCCCGAUCAGCCUGCCCGCCGGGCUGGCACGUAAGAACCGAAUUGAUCCUGCGCUGCUGCAGGCCAACGUGAUCCCGAGCGUCGCCACUGUCGCCUCGGCAGAGAGGCAGAGAAGCACUUCGACCCAUUCGUCCGCCAACUCUUCUUCGAACAACUGUCAUCACCGCCAAGCAAUCCAACAGGUGGCAGCCAACGGUGUCAAGUGUCUGCUUUCCAACCAGCCCCGUACGGGAACCAGCUCUAGUCGACCCCCAACUGCUUCCGAGACGAUCAAGCUGGAGUACCUCGCCCGCAAUGCCAGCGAACAGUCGAGUCCGGCAACGACUGCAGCUGCUGCACCCCAGCUGCGACACCAGAAGUCGUUCGGCGGCGCGAUCCUGACGCCGCUGUCCUUCGCAGACGAAGAGCGGCAGGCGAGAAGGCGCCGGAGCAAGACCAACGAAGAUGGACAGCUUCGACCGUUUACGGCUGAUGCCUGGGGAGAGGCGCAGUAUCCGUCGCGCGAGCAGCAGGCGAAAGCGUUCAGUCAGCAGCAUCGACCUCCGACGGGUGGCGAUACGAUGCAGCAGGAAGGAGUCAAGCCUUUGCCAGCGCCGCCUCGACCUAGCAGCAGACCGAGGACGGCGCAGAGCGUGGCCAACAAUGUCGCCGCUGACCAGACACGAUACCGUCUGCCUCUGCGUGCGGUGCAAGGCGCUCAGUCGUGA